AGCCUUUCCAGGAGGUUGACUUUACCUCCCUGAAGCUGUUUAAGUGGAAGAUACAAUUUCAGGCAGGGGACUUGCAGCAUCUCUCCCCGUCCCACACUUUCUGUACAUUGAAUAAUGACGAGCUGUGUGAGAAAAAAUAUCAGGGAUUUAGCUAUCAAAGUAAACCUGUAUUAUACAAAUUGAAGGGGAUGAGAAGAGAUAAUGUUAACUGAACAGACUUCAGGCUUGGAGAAAAGGAGGUGGGACGCAUGAAGAUUGAACUGUUUGCUGAUGUAGUGCCAAGGGUAGCAGAGAACAUCAGGCAGUUCUGCACUGGAGAAUUCAGGAAGGAUGGUGUCCCUAUAGGUUAUAAAGGAAGUACAUUUCACAGGGUAAUCAAGGACUUCAUGAUACAAGGGGGUGACUUUGUAAAUGGAGAUGGGACUGGUGUAUGUAGUAUUUAUAGAGGACCGUUUGCAGAUGAAAACUUCAAACUGAAGCACAAUGCCCCUGGUCUCUUAUCCAUGGCAAACAGUGGCCCAAAUACAAAUGGUUGUCAGUUCUUCAUCACAUGUUCUAAAUGUGAUUGGCUUGAUGGGAAGCAUGUUGUUUUUGGUAAAAUAAUUGAUGGAUUGCUUGUAAUGAGGAAAAUUGAGAAUGUUCCUACUGGACCCAGCAACAAGCCGAAACUUCCUGUGGUAAUUGCACAAUGUGGAGAAAUGUAGAGUUUACUGAAACAAAAGAAGAAUCCAGUUCUUCGCUAUUUAAGAAGUGUAAAGUGACCCGCUUUAUGACCUGCACACUAUUGUGCUGGCGUUCAGAGGCCAGAGGUUUAAAGUAUUAAUGAGCACAAUCUGGGAUUUUGACAACCAGGUUUAUUUUAACCUGAGACCUAGGUGAAUAGAAAAUUUCUGUACUAUGAAUAAGCUACUCCAAAACCAUUUCCCUCUUAAAAAUAAAAACAUCAUUGUAGUAGAGUUCUUGUUUAGAACCUCAGCUUGAGACACAAAUUUGCCCUGGUGAACAGCUAGAUUUUGAGUCUCCCGGAGCAUUUUUUUUCUGGAAAUACAUUCAUCUAUAUACAAAGUCCAGUGAGUCUCUGUAAGUGAAAUCUGAAUUUAAUUGUCUUUUUAACAACUAAGACAUCAAAUCAUUUAUUUUUGUUUUUUGAAAAGCAGUUUGUACUAUCUGCCAAAUUUGUAAACUUCCCAUUUAAGGAGAACAGGAUGUCAAGAAUAUUUUUGCAGCUGUCAUGAUUUGUAAUUUUAUAUUUCAGUUUCAGUUUAUAUUUACUUUUCUUUUGAACCUUAAGAAUUAUGUAUACCAUUACAUCUGAAAUAAAACUUUUGGUUGAAUGUUA